CUACCGUCCAUCUUCAGCUACAUUACAGUGAGCGAGCUUGUCGAAAAGAAAACACAAUUUGGGAAGUAAAGAAGACUUUCUGGAAUUAGUUUUGGCUGUAAUUGAAAAAAAGACAAACGAAAGCCCAUAUCCUAGCUAACUUUGUGACAGACGGAAUGUGGACAUUGUCGUAGUCAGAGCCAUGGCUGACAAGAGAAAACUUCAAGGCGAGAUCGACAGAUGUUUGAAAAAAGUAGCUGAAGGUGUAGAACAGUUUGAAGAUAUCUGGCAAAAGCUCCACAAUGCAGCCAAUGCAAACCAGAAGGAAAAGUAUGAGGCUGACCUCAAGAAAGAGAUUAAAAAAUUACAGCGAUUGAGAGAUCAGAUAAAAACAUGGGUGGCCUCAAACGAGAUCAAAGACAAAAGGCAGCUAGUAGAGAAUCGCAAACUUAUCGAGACGCAAAUGGAGCGAUUCAAAGUUGUGGAGCGUGAAACAAAAACAAAAGCGUACUCUAAAGAAGGCUUGGGGCUCGCUCAGAAGGUUGAUCCAGCUCAGAGGGAAAAGGAGGAAACGGGACAGUGGCUAACAAAUACGAUAGACACUCUAAAUAUGCAGGUGGAUCAAUUUGAAAGUGAGGUGGAAUCUCUUUCAGUUCAGACACGAAAGAAGAAGGGUGAUAAAGAUCAGAAGCAAGAACGUAUCGAGGAGCUCAAGCGGUUGAUCGAGAGGCAUAGAUUCCACAUCCGCAUGUUGGAGACCAUUUUACGAAUGCUGGACAAUGACUCUGUACCGGUGGAUUCAAUUCAGAAGAUCAAGGAUGACGUUGAGUAUUACAUUGAUUCCUCCCAAGACCCUGACUUCGAGGAGAACGAGUUCCUGUAUGACGACUUAGACCUGGAAGACAUCCCCGCAGCAUUAGUUGCGACGUCUCCGUCAGGUCAGGGCAACGUGGAAGAUGAAAUGUAUCUCCACUCCAGCAGCACUCCCACUUCCACCACCUCUUCUUCACCCAUUCCUCCAUCCCCGGCCACUUGCACUGCUGAGAACUCAGAGGACGAUAAGAAAAGGGGACGCUCGACAGACAGUGAAGUUAGUCAGUCACCUGUGAAGAACGGCACCCCUUCCUUGCUGUCUUCCUUCUCUUCCUCCACAACCUCUGGCUCCUCCUCAUCCUCGUCCCUCGUGUCCAUGGCAAGUGUGGUAGGGGGCAUCCCCGUGGUUCCACCAAGCAGCAGUCUUAUAGGAAGCUUCAGCAGUGCGGUGCAGCAACAUCAGCAUCAACCUGCACAACAGCAGCAACAACCUCAGCCACCAAACCAACCGCAGCAGCCACAACAGCAACCACCUCAGACAAAACCCUCUGCCCCCUCAAACAACACCCCCAGCCCGCCCAGCAACACGCUUCUCCCAGCCUCCACCGCUCCCCCUCUCCCUACGCCCAGCAUACCCAUUUCAUCGGCUCCCAACUCUCAGUCUCAGCCCACAUCUGGGCCAACCCCUACAUCCAGUUUGGGACUUGGGUUGGGACUGGGUUUGAGCAAAGUUGGCAUGACAGGGACCAGCAGUGCCAACCAAAUGUCUGGUUUAGGCCUGGGUGGCCACCACUCUCCUCUAAACACAAUGGCAGGGCUCAUUUCGGGGUCCACACCUGCCCCUUACGCUCAGGCAGCAGCAUCAGGAGGCUUGGGUUUGAGCAGCACCACCCAGUCCAGCAUUUCAGUGGAGAGUAGCACUUCCAUCCCCACCUCUGGCUCCAGUGGAGUCACAACCAACGGGGCGGGGACUGGGCUCGGAUUGCUAGGUUCCAGCCCGGCUCACAGUUCUCUGAGCGGGAGUAUCAUGGGUCUGGUUCCAGGGCAAAAUGUUUCCCCCGUCGCUUCUCAGGUGCCCCCUAGUUCUGUCAGCGCUACCCCAGGAGUUAUUGGCAUGAUGGGAGGCAACGGAGGGAACGUCGGAGUAGUUGGAGGAGUAGGGGUGAACGCUGCUCCUGCUAGACCGCCGAGUGGAUUGAAGCAAAAUGGAAGCACAAGUUACAGUGCCGUAGUGGCAGAGAGUUCCACAGAAUCAGCUCUAAGCACACCGAGCCAGUCACAAAGCAGCCAACCUUCAUCUCUCAGUUCUUCAACCAGUCAGCCGAUGGACAAUGGUCCCAGUUUAAUCAGCUCCAUCACCCUGCCUCCCAGCUCUCCGUCCCCCUCGUUCUCAGACAGCACACCCGGAGGAGGGAGUCUUCUUAACGGCCCCCACUCCUACACGCAGGCCUCUGAGGGCCUCAAGGCUCCUGAGCCUCUCAGUUCACUGAAGGCGAUGGCUGAGAGGGCAGCGCUGGGAUCAGGCCUGGACGGAGAGAUUCCCAACCUGCACCUAAGAGACAGAGGUCGGAACGACAUCUUCUCGUCAUCUGUAGCGCCCGGCACACCCGCCGCCCCUCAGCCGUCCGUGUCGGAAGUCAGCAUCCCACCCUCGCUCGGGGUCUGUCCACUGGGCCCAACCCCCCUCCCCAAAGACCAGCUCUACCAGCAGGCCAUGCAGGAGUCCGCGUGGACACAUAUGCCACACCCCUCUGACUCUGAGAGGAUAAGGCAAUACCUGAUGAGGAAUCCGUGUCCCACCUUGCCCUUCCAUCAUCAGAUACCGCCACACCACUCUGAUUCCAUAGAGUUCUACCAGAGACUGUCUACAGAAACUCUAUUUUUCAUCUUCUACUACCUGGAGGGCACCAAGGCUCAGUAUCUGUCUGCCAAGGCUCUCAAAAAGCAGUCAUGGAGGUUUCACACCAAGUACAUGAUGUGGUUCCAGAGGCACGAGGAGCCCAAGACUAUCACUGACGAGUUUGAACAGGGCACUUACAUUUACUUUGAUUAUGAGAAAUGGGGCCAGCGGAAAAAGGAGGGGUUCACCUUCGAGUACAGGUACCUCGAAGACAGAGACCUGCAGUGACGGACGGAGAGCCGCGAAGGGACAGAGAGAGACAAAAUGUGCUGCUGUUGACAUUCCGAGACUGAACUCCAAACUGUGGAUAGAGAUUGUGAUGUGUAGUAGAGACCCUCUCCGGAAAUGGAGGCAGGUGUCUGUAUAGGCUGCAUCUCAUGUGAAGCCCUCGCUGCUAAUGUAGCACCUUGCUUUUGACAAAAAAACGCCCUGUGGGCCCGAUCAAGCGCAGUGCGCUGCAUGAGCUGAGAGGGCUCUCAUUAGAGAUCUGCGUUUGUGCCUGUCUGUGUGCACACUCAGUAUGUGGCAUUAGGAAAGCCUACCCCAUGCAUGUUUCUCAUGUUUUGUUUUCUUUUCGCGUUUCAACAAGAUUCUCUGUACCACCUACCCAACAUGAGCCUGGAAGCCUUUGACUUGACACAAAACAAACCUUGAAUUUGAUUGUUACGUAAACUGCCCAUCUUGUAUUUACUGUAAUUUGGUGGUUUAGAAUGGGGAAGGACAGUGGACAUUUAGUCAUGGUGUGUAGGACUGGCUUCUUUUAAGACCCUAUGAUGCCUGUUGAAUAUGGUCACUAUUAGAGAUAGUGAGCGGUUAUCAAUAGUUUUAUUGAUAUUGUCUUGGUCGAUUUAAAACGCUGAUUGAGAGUGACCACAGGGCCUCUCCCUGUGACAGGGAAAGAGUCCUUAUUGGACAUGGAUUAAAUUGCUAUGCAAUUGAACUGGUCUCUGACUCCCUCUCUUUACCAAUAAAAUGUUUUUAAGUUAACCUGUCAAAGAAAAUGCAUUAUUAUGGCGCAUUCAUGUUUGUGAGAAAUUAAUAAACUUGUAAAAUAAAUCUUAAAAAUAGGGUUUGAGAAGUUAAUCAAUUUGAUGUUUUGAUUCUCAUUGUCCUCAUUGCAAAAAGGCCAAGCUGAGCAUAGUGAAUGUAUCUGUGCCCAAAUUCCUUCAAAAAGAAUCACCUUGAAUUAAAAAGUCAAAGUACACAGAUAGCAUUAGGUCUGUUCUGAGUCAGCUUCCCACUUUUAGUUAAGGUUUUAUUCUCUUGUUUUGAUGUCAUCCUAAAGUCCACCGUGUUGAAUUUACCACCUGAUAUUUUAAGUGAAAACCCUAUACAGUGAAUGUGCACUGAAACUGUUUACAUGUAGAGUGACAAAUACAGAAACCCUGAAAUUCUGGUGGUAAAUUUGACUCAUGAGUGGAGUAAGAAAUGUCUCGUCUGGUGUGGUUGUUCAUGUGCUACCUGAAGAACAAUAAGAUUUACACUGGUGAUCUGGUUUUUAAAUCAGAAGCGGGGACAGAUCCCACCUUUUCCUGGCAGUUUGAAUGGGGAGUGUUAUGUGACCUGAAUCAGAUUUUUCCAUUCAAGCAACCGUGAAAUCUUCAGAUCUGUUUCUGCAGUUACAAUUUCAUGUUUUGUGUAAAUUCAGCUCUUGAUUAGGCUUUCUUUUGGGAGGGAAACAGGGGGGGGGAG